CAACCAUCGUGCGAAGCGUUUGGAUCGUUGUGAUCCCCAGACUGAGGGGAAAAUUGUCCUUAGUGGGGCCGUCGAUCGUUUGGCCACGUGCCGGAACCAUUUCGCCACCGAGCGUCCGCCGUUUCCAGUGCAACAAAAAUAAAGAGCAAUAAAUAAAAGUUCCCAUGUGUACUCGAAUGUUCCGGUGCAAGCCGUCAAUCAGUAACCGGUCUACGGGGUAGGUCUGCAGAUUGCAUGCAACCUAUACGCUACCCGCUAGCUUCGCGAUCUGCGCUAAUAAUUGGAUGCGGUCGGCAUCCCACGACGAUCGCGAUGGCAAAGUGGAAAAAGUGAAGAAAUUUUCUAUCUGUUUGCACUCUAAUUACGUCGGAACCAGCUGCGUUCGCAGUGUGAAGUGAAUGGUGACAAUUGUGUUCGAUGGGUAUUCUGCGUGGAGACUUUACGUGUUGCUAUUGAUCUGGAAGAGUGUGAAAUGUUCUAAAAAAAAUUACAAACUAACUGUUACUUGUCUUUGAACAAAGUGAAGUUUUCAUCAUUUUCCACAGAUAACAAAUUUACAUAAAACUUUAUACAGGGAAUAUUGAGAGAAACAAUAAUUAAAAUUGUAACACAGUAUUGAGAUUUUUUUUAUCGAUAGAAUCCAAUAAAAGUAAUACAUGUUAGAGAACAUAAAAUAAGUAACCAUUUUAAAUUAGUUUUUCCUUUACUUAUGGUAGAGUACAAACUUACAAUUGAUAGGCCGAGGAAUAUUUUUAUCGUGAAAGUAAAACUACCCACUAGCUGAGGUCCUACAUUGUGCCCAGCAUCCGAUUACCUGCAGUUCGUAAUUGGCUCGCACAAUUCUGCAUGUAGCAUUCAUUGAUCGGAACAAGCGCCAGCUAACCGCUGAAUGGGGCACGCGAACGACGCUUAUCUUCAACAUCAGCAUCAUAGUGGGAGCAGCACUGCGCUGCUGAUGUAGUGCAUCGGCAAGACAGUGCAGCGAAAGUGCAUCAAACCAGCAGCGGGCGGCGCGUUUUCACCAACCUGAACGUACCCCCGAUCGAGAGGGAAAAGGAAAAGUCGCAUCUAGCCAAGUCUUGGCGUGUCGCGUGCAGCCGAAAAUCGGUUGCAAAUGUGGACAGACUACGUGUUUACAGGCCUACGCUUAUUUUGUGUGAAUAGGUUCCUGUAUAAUAAGUAAAAGGUGUCCUCGUGUAAAACCGCAUCAGUGCAGUUACGUUUCGUGAUAGAGAUCAAGAUCAAGUUUACAAGACGGAAAAGAGAAAACUUUCAAUAGUGGAAAAUUCGGCUAAGACGGAAAAGUGCUGUUGGUUUAACCUAAUUCAAUUCAAAAGCAGACAAUCACAACACUGAUUGGUGGCCAGAGGUUUCAUCUUACCGUUUAGCUAAAUAUUCAUUGAAAAUUUGGGCCUGCAGUUUGUGGGAGAUGAAUGAGAUUAAAUUCGUGAGAAAAUAAGGCGAGAGGGUAAAUAACUCAUCAACAGUAAACAGACUUGUUGAGCAUUCGACUAAUUCGGACGGUGCGAAGCCCCAACGCGGAAGAACCGACUGAAGAUACAACGAACUGACCGGUGUUACUGGGGCAAGGUGCCGCCGAAGUGAAGGCAACGAAAAAUAUCAGACACGGCCGGAAUGGAUCUAUUUUUACUUUUUGCGGUGGCUGCGCUGUUUACUUUCACUGGAAACGUCCAUGGCGGCAAUCUAGUGAAGCGCAGUCUGAAAAACACGGUUCCCUGCUUCGAGGAUGGACGAUUUUACAGAAAUCCGGAACGACCCAUCCAAAAGAUGUGGACUAACACCGAAUGUGCAAAAUAUUACCUCUGCCUGGACGGAGAAGUGUUCGAGUUCAAGUGCUCCGUUGGAUUACUGUUCGAUGUUACUCGGCAGAUUUGUGACUUCAAGCAGAACGUGGAUAACUGCGAAGUCACGGCAGAGGCCCGAGUCCCUAAACCCCUCCUGGAUGCCGCUGAAUGUGAGGAGCGAUCGCAGCUCGGUUGUGGGGACGGAACGUGCUUCCCCAAUGAGUACUUCUGUGAUGGCUCUGUUGAUUGCCCGGACGGGUCGGACGAAGGAUGGUGCGAUGUGGAGAACGAUCCCAACGCAGCAGAUCCUUGCGACCUUUCUGUCUGUCAACUGCCGGACUGUUUUUGUUCGAAAGAUGGAACCAUCAUCCCAGCCCGUCUGGAACGGAUGCAAACUCCGCAGAUGAUCCUGCUAACGUUUGACGAUGCGAUAAAUUUCGAAAAUUGGGAAUUAUACACCCAGAAGAUUUUCACCCCCGGUAGAAAGAAUCCAAACGGUUGUCCUAUUCGCGCCACCUUUUUCAUUUCGCAUCAGUACACCAAUUAUCAGCAAGUCCAGAAGAUGUGGAACGAUGGUCAUGAGAUUGCCGUUCACUCGAUCACUCACCGCGGACCAGAAGAAUGGUGGUCUCGCAAUGCGACAAUCGAGGAUUGGUUCGACGAAAUGGUUGGCCAGGCUAAUAUUAUCAACCGAUUUUCCAACGUUCGAAUGGAAGAGCUUCGAGGAAUGCGUGUUCCGUUUUUACGGGCUGGUUGGAACCGACAAUUUUUAAUGAUGAAAGAAUUUGGGUUCGUGUACGAUUCUUCUAUGGUAGCACCCUUUUCCAAUCCUCCUUUAUGGCCGUACACUUUAGACUACAAAAUGCCACAUGCAUGCAACGGUAACAACCAGUAUUGCCCGUCACGGAGUUAUCCGGGCAUUUGGGAAAUGGUUAUGAACCAACUGGAAGCCGGAGAGUAUACGUGCGGAAUGGUCGACUCCUGUCCUCCUCAUAUGAACGGCGAGGAUGUGUACGAAAUGCUUUUGCAUAACUUUAGGCGGCAUUACAACUCAAACCGAGCACCGUACGGGCUGUAUUUUCACUCAACGUGGUUCCGAAAACAGGAGUAUUUGGAAGCGUUUUUAAAAUUUCUAGACGACAUGCAGAAACAGCCGGACGUGUACUUCGUGACCAAUCAUCAAGCCAUCGAAUGGAUCCGCAACCCUACCCCGCUGAAUCAACUAGGACAUUUCGACCCAUGGUUCUGCCCACCGAAGCAACUUGAUCCCAGCGAAGUUGCGUGUAAUUUACCACGAACCUGUAAGCUACACAGUAGAGUUCUCCAGCAGGAUCGAUACCUGUUCACGUGCAACGAGUGCCCUGCGCAGUAUCCUUGGAUUCGCAACGAGUUCGGUUUGGACUAGCGUUGGAAAGUGAUGAAGCUUGACACCGAAUAAAUUACAAAAACCCUUGCAUUUUAUGAGUUACGAAUAUGCGUAAAUGUUUAAACAUUUUUGUUACAAAGCAAGAGUUAUACAAAGUGAUCUACAAAUACAAUUAGAUAAACGAUAAGCAAUUGUUCAAUAAAAUUCUACAAAAACUGACAACAAGCCCAUGGAAAUAAUUUUAUAGUAUACUUGUU